AUGAUAGUAAGGUUGAAAAAUGAGGACCAAAGAAGAGAGAUCUGGAAUAAGAAGAAACUUCUGAAAGGUAGGAAGGAAAGGAUUUUGGAGGAUUGGACAUGGAAGGAAAGGAGAAUGAGAUGGAGAUUAGAAGGGAUAGCAAGGGAGGAAGAGAAGAAGGGAAGGAAGGUUUGGAUAGGGUAUGGAAAAAUAAGAAUAGAUGAGAAAUGGUGGAGGUGGGAUGAGGAGGAAGAGGUGUUGAAAGAUGGGAAGGGAAACUUAAAAAAGGGAGAAGAGGUAAAGAAGCGAGAAAAGGAUGGAGUGGUGGAUAAGAAAUGGAAGAGAUGGAGAAGAUGGAUGGAAGGAUGGAUGGAAAGGAUGGAAUGGAUGGAUGGAAUGAGGAAUAGAUGGAAAGGAAGAAGGGAAUGGAAUGGAGAGGAAGAAUAA